GUGUGUGUGUGUGUUUGACACACAACGCCCACGGGCUCUCAUCUAUCCCGGUUAUGCUGAAGCCGAUUUAAUCGGUUGACCAGUGUCAAGAAUAUUACACCGGAUACUUUCAGCACCAGGAAGUGCUCGCAGGAAGUAGUUUGCUCCCGUGUUUGAGUGACAGCUGUGUACUGGUGACAGCCCACACCGGGACGGCGGCCCCGCAGAGCCGAGGCGAGACUUAAGAUGGCAGGUCUAUCUUUAUACUUUGAAGAUGGCCAUGAUGAUUUGGAUGACUUUGGAUUUGAUGAUUAUGGCUCAGAGUGUGACGGCAUUCGCAUUACAGCCUUCCUUGAUGCAGGACAAGACAACUUAACCCCUCUCGGGAGGCUAGAGAAGUACGCCUUCAGUGAGAAUGUUUUUAACAGGCAAAUCGUGGCACGUGGCCUGCUUGAUGUGCUUCGAGAGUUCAGUGACAAUGAAAACGACUUUAUCAGUGUCAUGGAGACAGUCGCCCGAAUGUCAGAAGAUGGAGAGCCCACAGUGCGAGCUGAACUAAUGGAGCAGGUUCCCAAUAUUGCCAUGUUUUUACAUGAGAGUCGGCCCAACUUCCCAGCCGCUUUCUCAAGAUACUUGGUACCAAUUGUAGUCCGGUAUCUUACUGAUCCAAAUAAUCAGGUGCGGAAGACGAGUCAGGCAGCUUUGCUUGUUCUGCUGGAACAGGGUCUUAUCUCUAAAGCUGACAUGGAAACUAAAGUAUGUCCAGUUCUGCUGGACCUCACAGAACCCAGCAGUGAUGAUGACUACAAAAUAGAGGCUGUUGCUAUUAUGUGUAAAGUUGUCACGAUGUUGAGCAAAGACACAGUGGAGCAUCUACUGUUGCCACGUUUCUGUGACCUGUGUAGUGAUGCUAGACUUUUCCAGGUUCGCAAGGUCUGUGCAGCAAAUUUUGGAGAGUUCUGUUCUAUUGUGGGUCAGGAGGCUACUGAAAAACUAUUGAUGCCCAAGUUCUUCGAUCUGUGUUCGGACAGUUUGUGGGGCAUCAGGAAAGCUUGUGCUGAGUGCUUCAUGAUGGUCUCUAAUUCCACCUGUCCAGAAGUGCGACGCACAAAGCUGUCCCCCCUGUUCAUCAGUCUUAUUAGUGACCAGUCCCGCUGGGUGCGCCAGGCUGCCUUUCAGUCUUUGGGACGUUUUAUCUCUACCUUUGCCAACCCCUCCAGCACAGGUCUUCACUUCAGAGAGGAUGGCGCGCUACUCGAGGUCCCCAGGGUCAUGUUGGAUGGCAACUGUUCCCUAAACUCCUUGAACUGCUCCGACAUCAGCAACUGCCGCACAGCGAGAACCAUCACGCACACACCUCCCAACCAGGAUGGACGUGCAACACCUUCGCCAGAGCAGAUUUCAAUAGCUGACCGUGAAAAUAUGCACAACUUUGAUGACAACUCUUCUGUGUCUGCGGAGAUGCAGGACGUUUUCAGCCACUUUGUCUCAAAUGACAGGCCUAUGACAACAAACAACACAAAUAACACAAAAGAGAUGGACCAGACAGAUGAGAACUUUAAUUCUUUCCACUUCUGGAGGUCUCCUUUACCGGAUAUCAGUGGGGAACUGGAGAUGCUAAGUUGUCAAACAUCAGAGGACGUGAGAAAGGAGGAGAAUGAGGAAGAUGAGGAGGAAGAUAAUUGUCCCGACUCCAAGUCAAGUCAUGGCAAAGCUACCAGCGACCAGAUCCAGAAAGUGUUAGACUGUUUGCAACCUCACAUGGACGACCCUGAUGUACAAGCGCAAGUCCAGGUGUUGUCAGCAGCUUUGAAGGCAGCCCAGCUCGACAACCCAACAGACGACAGCCUAACUGAGCCGCAGCCAGAAGAGCAGCCUGAGAGUGACACUGAGAACCCGUCUGUGGAGAGCAAAUCUGUGGAGGUUCAGUCGGAAUGUGAGGAGAGCCCCACCGAAGAGGAGCAAAUGAUGGAGACACAACCAGAGUCGAGCCCUGUCCAGGAGCAAGGAGACGAAGAGACACAGACGGAGCCUCAGGAGGACCAGGAAGACUCUCCUCUUAACUCGCCUGUUCUAGAGUCUGAACUGAUAGAGCGUGUGGAGGAAGAGGAAAAGGAUGACUUGGCUCACAGCCCUCUGUCUGAGGAUAAACCUAAGGUCCAGAAUGUCAUUCCUCAGCAACUGUUGGAUCAGUACCUCUCAAUGACGGACCCGGCCCGGGCUCAGACGGUCGAUACAGAGAUAGCCAAACACUGUGCCUUCAGCCUGCCAGGAGUCGCUCUCACUUUGGGAAGACAGAACUGGCAUUGCCUCAAGGACACGUACGAAACCCUAGCUACUGAUGUGCAGUGGAAGGUACGUCGUACAUUGGCCUUCUCCAUCCACGAGCUGGCAGUGAUCCUGGGAGAUCAGCUGACGGCGGCAGAUCUGGUUCCCAUCUUCAAUGGUUUCCUCAAAGACCUGGACGAGGUCCGCAUCGGUGUGCUCAAACAUCUGUAUGACUUCCUCAAGCUGCUGCACGCAGACAAAAGGAGAGAAUAUCUGUACCAGCUUCAGGAGUUCAUGGUGACGGACAACAGCCGGAACUGGAGAUUCAGAUAUGAGCUGGCAGAGCAGCUGAUCUUGAUCAUAGAGUUGUACAGCCACUAUGACGUGUAUGACUACCUCAGGCAGAUAGCGCUCACACUCUGCUCUGACAAAGUCUCGGAGGUCAGGUGGAUCUCAUACAAACUGGUUGUAGAGAUUCUCCAGAAGCUGUAUGCAUGCGGUGCUGAUGAUCUGGGCCUGAACUUCAUCAAUGAGCUUACUGUCAGGUUCUGCCACUGUCCCAAAUGGGUGGGGAGGCAGGCCUUUGCCUUCAUCUGCCAGGCUAUAGUGGAGGAGGACUGUAUGCCCAUGGAGCAGUUCAGCCAGCACCUCCUGCCAAGCCUCCUCAGCCUCUCAUCAGACCCAGUAGCUAACGUCCGUGUACUGGUGGCCAAGGCUCUACGACAGAGUGUCAUGGAGAAAGUGUACUUCAAGGAGCCGGGCUGUGCCUACUCUGACGAGCUGGAAGAGACUGUGAUGGCGCUGCAGUCAGACAAGGACCGCGACGUCCGCUUCUUUGCCAGCCAGGACCCCAACAAAGGCUUGAUGGACACGGCCUCUUUGACCUAGCCCCGGCGCCCCAACUCGUGUUACAGCCCACCUGCCUGUCUACCUACCUGUCUGUCUGACUGAUGCACAGUCAGCACAACUUGCAACACCAGCACCUGACCAGACCCGCGACCACUCGCCUGCUGGGCAGACCCGCACCAACCAUCACUUGAGAGUCGUGUCAGAUGUUCAGAUUAAAGUAAAGAAGCGUGAGCAUGCUCAAACAAUACAACCCAUUGUCUGGUUGGGCUCAACACGGCACACCUUACAUUCAUUCACAACACACAGUGCAUGCUUCUCAGCAUUUUCAGGAAAUGAGCAGGACUCAGAGGUCGGCUGCACUGCUUUGUAGGAGCUGACACUUUUUUCGCCUGAAUAUUUUUCUCGCCCUCCACACUAAUAACAAUGACUCAAUCCCCCCCCGGCCACAGAUUUGUAAAAUUACAACGGGCUCUUUUUCUCCAAAGCUAACUGUAAGCUUGAUAUAAAAUUUCUGAAUUGAUUUUAA